AUAAUAAAAGUACAUUUUGUCUUCUAAAAAAAGGCGCUUUCAAGUUCAUCUUCCUUCGCAUUCGUUGGAUGCACGACCGACAAUUGUCCCUUUUCCUCUCAAUCUUUCCACUCGUCAAUUUGAUUCUCUCGGCCCUUAGUAUGAAAACGACAGAUUGACUCACAGAAUCAAUACCGAAAUUAGGGCUCGGAACAAGAUCCGCAUUCAGAAGGAAGAUUUGUAGCCAGGAAUAGAUCUUAUGAUUUUGUGCAGAUGAAUUCGAAGGAGGUUAGUUUUAGGAAAAACUGAAAUGUUACCGGAGAGGAGGGGAGUUCCUGUUGGUUCAGAUCUGAUUAAAGCUGCUGAUCAUAAUAGUGACUAUGGAUUACGAGCUGCUCGUCGUAGUCGGAGGGCUGGACGGAUGAGAUUGUUGUUCUGGUUAUUCUCACUUGCUGCUCUCUUCUCCAUCUGUUUUGCUAUUUUCGGAUUUAAGAUGUUCUUCCAUGGUGUAGAAGACCAUCAAAGCCUUCCAUCAUUGAGAGACAUAAAAGAUGUAUCCAUAGAACCAUAUACCCUCGAGAAGCCAAAAAAGAAGCCUCAUAGAGCACGUUUUAACCCUUGUGAAGUUGAGUUAAUCGACUCAGUAGAUCUACUCAACGAGCCCAAAUCCUUUUGGAAAUUUGUAAACUUUUCAUUACAAUACAUUCAAACAGAUCACACACCUUCACAUGAAAACCCAAUUACUCCCAGAUUUGGAGGUCAUCAAACACUUGAAGAAAGAGAACAAUCCUUCCAUGUCACCAAUCAAACAAUCCACUGUGGAUUCAUAAAAGGACCCGAAGGGUUUCCAAACACCGGGUUUGACUUGGUCAACGAGGACAAAAUGUACAUGAAUUCUUGUACUGUUGUUGUAUCAUCUUGUAUUUUUGGAAGCUCAGACUUUUUGCGAAGGCCAACUAGCAAAUUGAUUAGUGAGUAUUCAAAGAAGAAUGUUUGUUUUGUUAUGUUUGUUGAUAAAGAAACACUUGUGAAACUAUCAAAAGAAGGAAGUAUUCCUGAUGAAAAAGGGUUUAUUGGAUUAUGGAGAAUAAUUGUUGUAAACAACUUGCCAUAUAAUGACAUGCGAAAAACAGGAAAAGUCCCUAAAUUUUUAUCACAUCGCCUCUUCCCAUCCGCUAGGUAUUCAAUUUGGCUUGAUAGCAAGAUGAGGCUUCACACUGACCCAAUCCAAAUCAUCGAAUAUUUUCUAUGGAGAAAAAAAUCGGAAUUUGCAAUUUCAAAUCAUUACACGCGACACUGUGUAUGGGAUGAAGUACAACAAAAUAAACGUUUAAAUAAAUACAACCACACAGCAAUCGAUGAACAAUUUUUAUUUUAUCAAUCAGAUGGACUCCAUAAAUUUAACCAUUCAGACCCUAAUAAACCCCUACCAAGUUAUGUACCUGAAGGUUCAUUCAUUGUGAGAGCACAUACACCGAUGUCUAAUUUAUUUUCGUGCCUUUGGUUUAAUGAAGUUGAUCGGUUUACUUCACGUGAUCAAUUGAGCUUUGGGUAUACUUUUUUGAAGUUGAAGAGAAUGAACCCUGAUAAGCCAUUGGUGCUACACAUGUUUAAGGAUUGUGAGAGGAGAGCAAUUACGAAGCUAUUUCAUCAUAGGAAUCCAUGAGGAAUGUUUGAUGCCUUUAGAUAAGUGGGUUGUUGUUAUAUUUUGUGGAUUUUGUAAUGGAGGUAGAUGAGGAUGUGGGCCAUUGUGAAGCGCAAGCUGAAGAUGGUGGGUUUUUUUUUGUAAAUGUUUAGUGUUGUAUUAAUAGAGACUGAUGUAGAUAUAAGACUGUGAAAUUAGUUGCAAAGGAACACAUAAUGUAUUAUUUUAAUUCAUAGCCUCAUUCUUUUUUGUCUA